GGCGGAGCCGGCGCACUUCCGCGCCUCGCUGUCCCCUAGCGCCGCCGGACGUCGCUCGGGCCUCCGGCACCAUGAAGAUCUGGACUUCGGAGCACGUCUUUGAUGGACCAGACUCUGAGGGCCUGCUGGGGAGAACUGAUCACCCGUGGGAAACCGUGACAACAGCUGCCAUGCAGAAGUACCCCAACCCCAUGAACCCGAGCGUGGUGGGCGUGGACGUGCUGGCCCGGCACGUGGACCCCUCGGGGAAGCUGCACAGCCACCGGCUCCUCAGCACCGAGUGGGGGCUGCCUUCCAUCGUGAAGUCUCUGAUCGGUGCAGCAAGAACGAAGACGUACGUGCAAGAACAUUCCGUAGUUGACCCUGCGGAGAAAACGAUGGAGCUCAAGUCCACCAAUAUUUCAUUUACAAACAUGGUUUCCGUAGACGAGAGACUCGUAUACAAACCACAUCCUCAGGACCCAGACAAAACCAUUUUGACUCAAGAAGCCAUAAUCACUGUGAAGGGGGUGAGCCUCAGCAGUUACCUGGAGGGGCUUAUGGCCAGCACCAUCUCCUCCAAUGCUAGCAAGGGCCGAGAAGCCAUGGAGUGGGUAAUACACAAGCUAAACGCCGAGAUCGAAGAGCUGGCCGCCUCGGCGAGAGGAAGCGUGAGGACCCCAAUGGCAGCAGCGGCCUUCGCGGAGAAAUGACAGCGAGCCUCUCCCAUGGCGUGCGGCCCGGGGCUCUCCAAGAUGGCCGCAUAUUUAUUUGUUAUUUAAAAAAAACAACUAUUUUAGGCAGAACUUUUUUCUAUGAGCUGGACGGAGUAAAGGCUGUGUGACUUCUGACCCCAAGAAACGCAGGGCUUCUAAAUGACAGGAGGUCACUGAGGUGAGGUGACUUGAAAUGACGGCCUUGAUUUUGAGGGUUGCAGAAUUUAGGGGGAGAUGUAAGUGUUUCUGUUUGAGUGUCUGGUCUUGACACUUGGACUCAUCUUAAAGAGAUUCUACAGCUUUUCAGACAUCGGAUCUCAUCCCGGCACCAGACCGAGCCCAGAGCAGAGCCUUGCCGUCCGGAGACGCCCACAGCCUCCCCGCGCCAACCACGGACAGCGCAAAAGGAGAAACUCUAGUUCAAAAGACAUUCAUUUAUAUAAAGCAACAUGCUCUGCUAAAAACCACAGUGUUCUGGUUUGGUAUUUAAAUGAUAUUUUUGGAGUGAAAAUUAGCACUAAAGUAAUAUGGCCCUAACAACAUUACUUUAUUGUAUUCAAGAGUACUGUAUUGAUUUGCCAAAGUGUUGUAACUUAGUAAAGGUAUUGCCUUCCUUGGCCUUGUACUUUAUGAUUUAGCAUGCUGUGUCGUGGGCUGGUUCUAUUAACUGAAAAAAAUAAAAGUCGUUGCCUGAGUUUGCAGCACUCUUAAAACAGAA